GUAUUGUCUUGCGUGUGCGCGUCUCCUCUGGAGUCUCUGGAGACAGUGCGGAGCACUUUGGAGUGGAAGCUGCUGCAGUGGCGGGCCAUGGCGGAGCUUUUGGGGGCUUUUUGGACUCUGCAGGAGCAGCCGCACUUUGCGGGCGCGGUGGACUUCAAAAAAAGAUUCCUCCAAGACAAAAGAGCUGCUGCGGAAGUCGAGGAACUCCGCAACGCAGAAGGCAGAGACCCCAGGAACAAGGCUCCCAGACUCGCCAAACACGAGGCCUGA